AUGGAUUCCUCCGCCGGUGGCGGCGGCGGGGAGCCGGCGCGGUCGCUGGAGAUCGCCGCCAAGCUCCUCGCCGCGCGCGACCUGGUCGGCUGCAAGCGCUUUGCGGAGCACGCGGUGGACGCCGACCCCCUCCUCCCCGGCGCCGACGAGCUCCUCGCCGUCGCCGACGUCCACCUCGCCGCCCAGCGCCUCCUCCCCUCCGGCCGCCCUGAUCCCCUCGCCAUCCUCCAGCUCCAGCCCAACCCCGACAGCGCCGACGUCAAGCGGGCCUUCCGCCGCCUCGCCAACCUCCUCGCCCCUCGCCGCAAUCCCCACCCCGGCGCCGACACCGCCCUCCGCGCCGUUGAAGAAGCCUUCGCCCACCUCUCCGAGAGCACCUCCACCGGCACCGCUCCCGCCCCUGCUGCUCCCGGCGGCGCCUCCGCCGCAGAAGAUACGUUCUGGACGGUCUGCCCCCACUGCUGCCAUGUGCACCAGUACGAGCGCCUGCUGGUGGGGCGCUCGCUCAUGUGCGCGAGUGCCGGGUGCCGGCGAGCGUUCGUGGCCACCGAGCUCCCGGCGGCUCCGCCUAUUGUGCCCGGCACCGACUAUUACUACUGCGCCUGGGGUUUCAUCCCAAUGGGGUUUCCUAAGCCCGCUGAUCUGAGCACUGACUGGAAGCCGUUUUUCCCGAUGCCACGGGAUUCAUCUGCUCCACAGCCAGCAUCUCAGCCAGCACCUACGGAUAAUUUUGGUAAGCAGAAUGUUGGGAAUAAUGUUGGAGUUGGACAUACUAAUGCCAAUGCACCGCCAUCAAAUGCACAUCCUGGGAAUAAGAGUGCUGGUGGUGGCACUGUGGCAACAGGGCCGCCUAGAGGUAAAAUCAAGAAGACAGCAGCCCGCAAGAAGGUUGGGGGAGGCCUCAAAAAGCAUGCUUCUGGCGGUGUGGAGAGCGGCAUUGAGCCAUCGUUGCUUGGGCCUGAUUGGAGUGAAAAUGCAGAGAGUGGACACACUGAGAAUUCAAGAGGAAUUAACAUAAAUGAGGUGGCAAAGGCAACUGAUGACAGCAUGAUGUUGCAUUUUGGUGCGGAUGGGGACAUUGGGUUUGAUUUGGAUGUUGAUGCAUCAGAUGAUAUAAUGGAGAAUUUGCCUGACCUGCCGUUCCUGAGGGAAGAUGACAAUUCCAGGAGGAUGUUUUAG